GCAGCAGAAGCGGAAGGUGUGCUUCACGUCGCCGUCGGAUCGGAGAGCGGAGCGGCGGUGUGGGCUUUGUGAGUGGUGUGCUUGGCUUUGGCGGGGCAGUCGUCGGCGGUGCGAGAAGUGGCGUCGGCCUGUGCUCGGCAGCAUCGGGUGCGUUCCGUGCGAGUGCGGGGGGUCUUCGAAUAGCGGUGCACAACGGCGUUGAUAUAGGAGAGAAACUCGGCGACCGCCGAUGACCGUGCGAAGGACUUCGAGGCAACUCCACGACGGCGGCGACGACGCGGACGACGUCUUGGGCAAGUCGGGGCCGUCGUCGCCCUACACCUGAGGAUUAUCGCAAGACGGACUCCCGCGCGCGACCAAAAUGACGCUCCAUCCGAGGAGGGAACAUGACCGAAGCUAGCUUCCACGAUGGCGGCUGCCUGGUUCGUGUGCGGGCCCAGGUGAUGACGCGGGACGACUCGACGGGCGGCUGGGUGCCGCUGGGCGGCGGCGGCCUGAGCAGCGUGUCGGUGCGCAAGCGCUGCGACCUGCAGCCGGCGCCCAACAACGCCGGCGCCUGCUGCUACCAGAUCACGGGCGAGCGCGAGGCCCGCGUGCUGCUGUCCUGCGCCAUCGGGCGGGACUUCACGUACAACAAGGUGAUGCCCACCUUCCACCACUGGCGCGCCGGCGAGCACAAGUUCGGCCUGACCUUCCAGACGUCGGCCGACGCCCGGGCGUUCGACAAGGCGGUGCGCAUCGCCAUGGAGGACCUGCUGGACGGCGUGGGCGACCUGUGCGGCACAUUUCCCGACUCAGACAUCGGCGACGACGAGGUCUUCAUGACGCUCGAGCUGCCCGUCGACUCGCGCUCUUCAUCGGGCUCCUCUUCGGCCGGCAGCGGCUUGUCGCCGUACUCGGCGAACCACCACCUGCACCGCAUCAACUACGUGCGCCGCAACGACGGGGGGCCGCCGCCUUCCAACAAUCACCAGAAGGGCGGCCUGCUGCUGGACGACGCCGGCAACCCCGUGCAGCAGCAGCCGCCGGAGCCCUACUCGUACGUGCAGUUUGCCAAGCACGACUACUCCUACCCGCUGGUCGAGACGCUCAAGAGCGGCGUCGUCCGAGACGCCGGCAGCGGCGCGGCGGUUCCUCCGGGCACCGGUGGCGCUCCGGUCACCGGCCAGACGCCCGCCGUUCCGCCGCCCGGCAAGAAAGGUUCCGCAGCCCCGCCACUGCCCAGCAAGGCGCGUGGAGGCCAGAAGCGCCGUCAGUGUCGGCACUGCCUCGAGGAGUUCUCGGAGGACAGCAACGUGCGCGGAGCGUGCGAGUAUGCGCCGGACAGCGUGCUCACGUGCAUCAACACUGCCUCGUGCAUCUCGUGUGCCCAUUGCAUGCUGUAUCACUGCAUGGCCGACGCCGAGGGCGACUUCAGCCAGCGGCCCUGCUCGUGCUCGGGUUCUCCGAGGGACUGCCGCCGCCGCUGGGCGGGGCUGACGCUGCUGUCGUUGUUGGUGCCCUGCCUCUGGUGCUACCUGCCCCUCAGGGCCUGCCACCGGGCGGCCGUCGGGUGUGGAUUGUGCGGGGGCCGGCACCAGGCCUGAGAAGCUCGGGCCGCGGGACAUCGCGGUGUGGUUGUGUGCUGUGUCAUGCGCCCGUUUGUGUCCUCGAAAAACUGGAGGGGAUGUCAUCGCGCAGCACUGGCUUGCAGUGAACACUUGGAUUGGGGAGAGGAGGUUGCCCAUACCAUGUGGGCGAGGUGUAGACCCAAGGCAGUGUAUAUUUCGGCGAGUUGGUAAUUUAUUGUAGCAGGCCAGCACAAAAAAGCAGACACAUUCUGUCAUGUUGUUGUCCUUGCCUACUUUUCUGUGCUAGUCUGCUACAAUACAGUGGUAUAAACAGCAAUGUUUCCAACAGCCCACCCUUUAGCCUACCCUUAGCCCACCUAUUGACAUUGUGGCAGGAGGGUACAAGUCAGCUUCUUUGAGCUAGGGAUGGAGCACUUGUUUGGUUGCAUGGUGAGAGUGGAUUGUAUUUAGCAAGGCACUAGUUUGCAGUGCUAGUGCCACCACUUAGCAUCAACACUUCUUUACCUCUUCAGGAGGAUGCCACACACAAGUAUUCUAGUUCACAUUGAAGGAGCUUUCCUGACACGGCACUACAGGCUUGGCACUUCGAAUCAUUCUUUCAGUUGUUUGCAGACCACAAAAUAGAAACAUUUCGCAGAAAGGCUUUCAUCCUUGUGUUGACAAAAUGUCGCUGGUCUGAGCCACUUAUGUCACUAUAAAGUAGGGGGCACUGCUAACCAGUAGGCGCAGCCAAGGCACACUGGAAACGAGCCCCUGCCCCGAAAUUUUGUGUUAGUAUGUGGCUUAUUCAGCGUCUCCCCCCUCCUCACCUUGCCCGUCCCCAGACACAUGCAUGCCCCCCCCCCCCAAAAAAAAAAAAUUUCAGGCUAAGCUACUGCUGCCAACGCUCAUUAAGUUAAGUUGAAAAGCUUAUGCUGCACUUGUGACACCAUCUUAAUAGGGGAGGUGCCAAUAUUUUAAACAUUCAAGUAAUGAAUCGAAUAGUCACGUUUCGAAAUUGCGAAUGUUUUUUUACUACUUUUCCAGUAUUUCAAAAUGUCAACUGUAAGUGUCCACCUCGUGGACCUGUCCAUUUGAUCUGCUGCUGAAGUGCUGACUUGCUGGCAGUGUCUCAGCUGGGGAUGCCCCGGCUAUGUCACUUAGGUAGCCAUACAACAUAGGCUAUAUACAUAGCGAUCAUUCACUCUCUCUGAACAGUCCGGUACAUGUGAACAAACUAGUGGUUCGCUCCUAAUGCUCCAUUUGUGCUUUUAAUAAACAAUGCUUCAUAACGUACUAUGUAAUGACAAAAACUUGCUAGCUUUAAGAAUACUAGGAUGUGAAAAUCAUUUUAAAUCAUUUGUGAUAGCGGCUGUUCAUUAUUAAACAACUAUUCAAUUUGUAUUCCAUUCAGUCUCAAAAAUUGCUAUUUGCACACCCCUAAUCUGAUUGAUGUGUUGUGUAUUUGGAAGAAUGAUUGGUGGAUGUACUUUCCUUUUCACCAUCUAAUUCAUCGAAGCAGUUUUCUAAUACUGCUACAUUUUGAUUCUAUGCACAUGUUAAGAGAAAAUUUCCCCACGCAGUACUCCAUAAUGCUAAAACUUUUAGUGCUCGCACAGGCAUUCUUCUUUAUGUAAUUAUUUGAAGGGAGGGCAAUCUUUUAAAGUUUAUGAGAAAGAACUUACUUAAACUCAGUUGACUAUGUUAUGGUACAGUUAAAACUCGAUCUAGCGAAACCCGAUUUUACUAAGUUUCCGAUCUAACGAAGAAAUUUACAUUCCUCGGCAAGUACUCAUAGGGUUAAAUGUUAUCCUCAACCUGAAUUAACAAAACAAACCUGGCCGAACUCGAUUUAGCUAAGUUUUUCUGGAAUAAAUUAGUAAAAGAAACGGUGCCUUCUAUCUCAUUUUGACACAGAUGGGUUCUUCAAGCGUGUGCUCUAAAGCUAUCGUGUUAAAACGUCUAAGCACCAUGGCCACAUCCCUAGCUUUAUUUUUACGAGGCAGCACACCGUGCCCAUGCACGGAACAGCCAACUCAACAUCGCCUCGGUAGGGGCAGCGGUGGUUGCUUUUGUUAUUUCAUGGUUUAUGCGACAGGUGACUGGAUUAGCGGCAAAUACAAUGCGGCGGAGCCUUUGCAUGUCGCUAUGUUACAAUUUUAGAGUUCGAAGGACCAAAAAAUUCCUUUCUCAAUUUUACAAACUUCCCUAUUUAAAGGAAUUCGAGCGUGGUUAUCACUUCGCUGAAUUGAGUUUCAACUGUACGUGGUUAACGACAUACCUCGCUUUAUAACCUUUAUGGAUGGCCAUGAUUCUUGCGGAAAAGAGCACUGUCUGGGCUGCCUUUCACUUUUCUAUUGUGUAACAGUUCUUGUCUUUUGAAAAUAGAGGCAUUGCAGCCAUGUUCAGAGGUCAUGCUUUUGUUAUGUGACAAGCAUACAAACAUCAUAGAUAUUUUCUAAGGUGCCUGAUGCAAAUCUUUUUGGGCAGUCACCACUCUCGUCAGUAUUAGUCUGAGUUUGUCUGGAGCCAGUACACAUUAGCAAUUCCCUCUUUCUUUAGGCUGCUGGGAAUUUGUCUAUCAAUCGAACUAGUUUAACGCUUAUCUGCGCUACCUUGAUUUCUGCAGCACAUGCUCGCCUUCCAAUAGUCGGUGCAUUCAACUUCACACACUGAACCACUUGAUAAUACUUGUUCAUGGGAAAGGUGUAGUCUCAAAUUAUAUAACAACUUAGGUGCUUCACAAGUCAGCUCUUCAAGUGCAAAGAAGAAUAUAGUAAAAAGAAGUUGAAACUGUGAGUUUCUCUACUCAUUAUUGAGGCUCGCUCACCUGACAGAAGCUUAAUAAGUAUGCUAGAUAUAAAGUUGAUAGUUUUAAUAGGAAUGCAAUAUGGAAUUUAAUGCUUGUUUUGAUUUGCUGUUUUAGUGAUAGACUUUUGCAUUCUGCAUGAAAUUAUCUGAACAAGACACUCCUGGGCAGUUUAGGCUUAAAGUGUGUGAGUCGCAUAAGCUUGAUAUGAAGGUGCAUCUUUGUAACAUCGAAGCUUGGCAUAUUUUGAGAGCCAUUUGGUUUUGGGCAUGAUUCUGUAAUGUCUGCAUGUACCUAGCCUGAUUACAUAGAAAGAUUAUUAAAUUUAUUUAAAAAGAUGAAACUGCUUUCAAUGAACCAUCCAUGUAAGCAUUUCAGGGUGAAACUGUGACAUGCUCCAGCAACGUCUUUUUUUUUUUUUCAAUAUACAAGUCGACAAACUUAGAUAAGUGGUUCGAAACAUAGACAUUCUAAACACAAUCCAGACAGCAAGGAGAGAUCGGUGGGCAACGCUGGCUUUCCUUUGUGUUCUGUAAUUCCUGUGUUUUCCUAGUUUUUGCCAACACCUUGUCACUUAUUUUGAGAGUGCCUUUACUAUGUACUUGCACAUCUCUCAGCUGAUUUCAGAAUGCUUUAGCAGAAAAGUUUAAAAACUUCGAAGUGAUUCUAAGUGCUUGGCCUAGUGUAGUGUGGAGCUCCUCAGACUAAACCUGACCUGAAUAUCUAUGAAUAACUUGGCAAACUAGGUUUAAUAUGUGAAUGUCUUAACAUGUUUUUUAUGUGCACAGAUAGACACAGACAGGAAGCGAGAAACAGAACACGCUGUAAGCCUAAUUGUCAUUUUGCCACAAAAACAUUAGCACAUGAGGCCAAACGCAGUGCUUGAGCAGCAAGAAGGAUUGCCAUUUCCAGCAAAUUCUGACAGCGCUUCCCUCUUGCCACGCUGCUUUGGUGCAGGCGCCAGAGCCCUGGUAUGUGAGGGUAGCACAGAAUUUUGCCACCAAGACACUGCAACUGCAUGCGUGUACAUGUAUGUGCGUAACUGUUCUGCUUGUGGUAAUACUGAUUCCUCUUUCAAACUUGUCUGUUCUGCCCAUUUUCUCAAUUCUCUUGCACUCAUUACCUUUCAUGAUUUGACAUGGGCCUUGUUAUUCUGACACCACCAAACCCUGCAGCACUUCAACAAUUAAAAUUGUUUUUUACGUAGCAGAGAGUGUCUGCUGUUGUUCCAAAUCGUAUGCUGUCCUUAAAUAACAAAAUAGGCUGCAACCCUAAAACAUAUUAGGUGUUUGGGCGAGUGUAGGUGAAGUUGAUGCUGCACCUAGUAAAACGAACAAAUCCUCCUGCUGUUGACCAUUUGCAUUAGGAGUCAUUCCACAUGCUACCAUGCGAGCACCUUUGAGUACCAUGAAGCUUUGUGAUGCAUCAAGUCUAUAGGUUGACAUUCUCCUAAUUCUCCUUGUGCUUUCAAUUACUGAAGAUAAAUAGCAGCUUGUCACUUGCUUGCCACAAUAUUUUUCAUGUGCACUGGAGCUAUGAUACUCUAACCCACCUAGUGACUUAACAGAAAUUCAGCUGCUUUAACGGAUAUGCUGCCGGUCCUAGCAACCUUUGCAUUGCCUGCAAUGAUUCUUCUCUGCGACACUCAAGUGUGAACAAUAAUGUUGUGCUCACGUUAGGUCACUUAACGAAAUGCGCAGUUAACUGCUACAAUGUAUCUUCGGCAGUGCUGAUAAAUGCACAGUGUCAAACGCAUGUGCAGUGACAUGACAACUGUGUAUCUACCACUGAGUUGUACGAGUGUUUCAUUGAGCAUAUUCAUGAUUUUUUGGUGCACAUUAUAGUCGCAAACACAUUACUGUAGUGCAUAAUUAGUCACGUUUUCUAGGCACAGUUUUUUCACAAGAACGUCUGUUGCCAUUAUUUCUGCCAUCUCAGAGCUGGUUUGUCUUGUUCUGUUUACUGGUUCUCAUUUUGACAUUCUGCGCUGGUUUUCUGUCCUAUUGGGCUUAAUAUUGUAGUGGAUUUUAUAUGAAUUUUUUAUUGCUUGUUAUUAUGAUGCAUAAAAAGACAGCUUUGUGGCUAGCACGGUGACUUUGUUGUGCAGAUACAAACACAUCUGUUCUUAACUAGCCGUCAAAUGAACAAAGCACAAAGUGAAGAAUGCCAAGAACACCUAGUACACCUAGCAGUACUAUCACCUAGUACGAGUUAUAUUGAGCGCAGAUACUUGUCCACGUAUAUUAGAUGUUUUCACAGCUUCUUUCACCUCCAUGAGUCCACAUGCUUUGCUGCAGUAAGUGUAACUUGCAGGUUUGCAUUAUGUUCCAGUUCUGCUUUACUUUUUCUUCAAAUAAUUUAAGCACUACAGGAAGUCGCCUCUUACUCAAGAUUGUUAGACCAUCCCCUCCUUAUUUGCCCAAUUUUUGUUUCCCAUGACUUGGCAAAUCUGGCAGCAGCCAUGGCACCCUGGACACAUUAGGCAUAUGGUUCCAUUGUGUUGCAUUCUCGGUGGGUCCAGCUGUCCUAACGGGAGCUGCUUCACACAUAAGAUGCUGGCUAGGUGGAAGUAUUAUUUUUGGCAACGCUGUUUUUGACAUUGCCUUUGUAACUGUCUUUAAACUUGCAAAACAUUUUAUAUUUUGCACUGCACGUGACGAUUUACGACCCAUGGCUAGGACAUGUGCUCCUACAUAAGAAUCUUGUGGACAUUCGAAAGAUGGUUUAAGAGAAAGUUUACCUUGGGCCAAACUUAUCUUUUUCAAUCAAAAUGUAUCUAUAUGGAAAGGCUUAGCUUACUUUAGGGCCUAGUUAUAGGGAUGUUUAGGGAUUGUAGGCAGCUUUACAAAGCACAUGGCAUUCACCCAGUUCUGGGGAAACUAUUUGGUCAAAUGAGCAAAUUCUGUUAAUAAGUUAUCAGUGAAAUACUGCUGUGCUGUGCAUUUAGGCAUGCAUUUUAUUUGUAGAGCCGCAAGGUUGUAAUGCUGCCAUUCCUAAGCAAAAUUUCUUGUUUGUUCUUCAAUAUACCAGGGUAUAAAUAUUCUUUUACUCUAAUGUAAUCUGGCAUUUUGUUUUGCAUGUAACAGCUUCAAUCUAAAUCAAAGUUGUGGUUGCCUAAUGAGAUGAUUUUUGCAGUCACUAUUGAAUGAAGAAAUCGGUAUAGGGCUUCAUGCAAGUCUUUCCCUUAAUUUUCAUGCCAGGUAUUUUGAUGUGUCGUUGGUUCUCACCUCCGGUUGGACCUCCCUCCAUGCACUGUAGCGCAAUGUGCAAUUAAGCCCAACUGUAGAUCAGCGGUGGAUGAUGCAAAGUAUAAAAAGCUUUGCUUCACACUGUAUAAAAGCAGCUCCUAUGGAGCCAAGCUGAAAAUGAUUACUGCUCAUUACUGGUCUCCUUUGUGUUUAUUUUGUCUUAUCAUUGGUUUGAGUACGGUUACUGCUGGUGGAUGCAAGACACGCACCGAACCUUGUGCAUUGCUCAAACAGGCAGUCGCCACAUUCUCCCACUUCUUGUCUUUCCAGUGAGCUGUAAAGCUUCAACCAUUGUUUCUUGACAUGAGCUCUGUGCUUUUUUUUUUCUUCAUUCUUUUUUUUUCUUCAGCUGAAGUCACUCCUAUAUGUAAGUGCAACAUACUCUCUUUAGCAUGUUCUGAACUGUGCGAGGGGAAAUUUUCACAAUACUAAUCUUCUCCACACAAGCCACUGGCCGUUUCAGUUUCUCGGCAACCAUGAAUAAUGGUCAGUGUGUGUGUAUCGUUGUGUGCGUCGUCUUACACAUUGCUGAGCAGUUCCAUUUGAUACGCAAGAGCAUAUAUGUGAGUAUGUCUUUGUCAUACAUGUGCAGUCAUCUCCAUUGCCUAGAAUAGCCUUUCCAUCAAGCUGCACUUAUCAGAUCAUGCUUUCAUUGCCAUAUCUUUGCCAAAGCCACCUAUAUGCUUGACAUUGAGCUAGAGUUGUUAAUGGCAUGCUGACAGCUUGUCUGUCAAGCUAGAGUGCUUGAAUUAUAAGCCUAGGCACUAGCAGGCAAGUGUAUUUCCUUUAAUACAUGUUUGUAGCAUCAUUACCAAGCUAAAAAAAAGUUUAUUGACUGAAAAGCAUCAGCUUAUGUCACUUGUCUUGAAACUACCCGCCCAACAGUUUUCAAAGAAAGAAUUGUUUUGUAAAUGUUUAUGACAGAACAAAAACAUUAUUUUUCACAAAACAUACCUUUAACUGUUUUUUUGCCACGAAAAAUAUGACCGGCAUCUCUGCACGCGGUUAAUUGUGAGUAAGAUUAUGAUUCUCUAGUUUGCAUGGCAGGUUAAUGACACUUUGGCCAUUGCUUGAGGCACCUUCUUAAGCUCCCCUCAAUCAUGGAAAGGAUAUGUGCUCAUAAAACACAGUAAUUGAAGCAGCUGAACAUCGGCCACCAUUGUUGCUAUCCUUGAGAUGUGAGGUGGGAGCCAAUAUUGCAAAGCAUGGUAGCAUACAGUCAGCACUGUACUGAGAAAAAAAGGCUAAUGUUGCAUUAAAAAAUUUUCUUCGCAAAUAUGGAUGUUAUGCAAUGUCAUCAUCAUCGAAAUUUGAAAUUGCUUUGUGGCCGGUGUAUUCUGCAACGGUAACAUUUCGGUAUAGAUAUUGUAAAAAAAAAUCAAGCUUCAAGUAUCAAAUCGAUUACUGAAUUUUCCUAACCAUUUGAAAGAAAGGGAAAGAAACAUAGACAAUCUGAAAUUCAUUUGGCAGAGUUGCUUGCAAAUCAUAAAAAAUGAGCUUCCCACAGCUCUUCUUUGGCUUACAACAGGACACUUAAAAGCAGCUGACAGGCUGCAUGCAUGAGCCAGCCAGGCUCCAUUGAUUGUAGCAAGCUACCUAGUUAACCUUAAUUGGAUGCUGGAAAAAAGAAUCAUUGAUCAAGACCUAAACUGACGCACUAGGAUCUGAAUUGGAAGUACACAGUUCUGUUGGGAAUUUCGAAUACUUGCACACUCCUUUACUAUAUAGGCUUCUGCUAUAGUAGAAAAAAAGUUUAUGCAUAUAUUGAAAAGUAAGUGGUCUUGGGCACUGAAGUGUCAACUGCUUUUACCUGGAGUUUGCACUGCCUAGUUUCCUGUCCUCUGAAUCUUUCCUUUUUGUUUUUCAGCCUCCACAAGCCCUAUUAUAGUGCUUUUACUCUAGUAAUCAGUGCUUUCUCUGUAUCCAGCUAGGCUGCUCUUCGACGGGUUACUCUCCAGUAACUUCUGUUCAAACCAGAAAGUUGGGUUAUUUCACUUGGCAACUAGACAUUUCAACAUCACACCAAACUGUCAUGUACGGCCAUGUCAUGAAAAGCAAGCAUCUUAAACUUUUUCAUGAGCACAUGUUCUUUCAUCUAGCCGAUCCUUAGAAAGCACACAAAGGCUGGCCAUAGCUCACAACGCGUAUCUGUGCCUGUUCUCGAAUGCGCAUGAGAAGUGGGCAUAACUUCUGUGUUGUCUGGAUGUCACAAAUGCUGCGAUAGUAGUAGAAGUUGCACUGUUAACAAAAGUCUUGUGGGAAGCACAGGUUACACAAGCUUGAUGAGAAGCACUACAGUGCUUUUCAUAAGCUCACUUCAUGAAGUUUUUAAGACCUACUAGACAUUUAUACUAUGUGACGCACUACACACUUCACGGGUUCUUGAGUGUUUGGGUACAGAACAGCCUUGACUCUUACAAGAAAGGAACACUGUACAUAACUGGCACGCAAAAAUACUGAACAAACCUUACACAGCAUGACCGAAGCGCUGUUUCACUGUGGUUCGCAAUCUUAGUCAACAACACUGCCGUCAGGAGUUAACCAGCAGUUACCAUGUCCCACGCCUUCCUUCCCUCGCUUAAUUCUGCUUGCAGCACUCCCGUGCACUUGUAAUUUUUGUAAGAUGGUCAGAUUGUAGAAGUCUUUCGUCAACAUUUACCAUGUAGAGCAUGAUGUGCGUUGCAAAGCUGUGACUUAUUACACCAAAACGGCCCUUUGCAACCGGCAUAUUUUAGAUUUUUCACAUUUGUGUGGAUGUGCGUAGCAUCGGGCUUUUGACUGGUUGGCUGGUGGCGAUGCAUCUAAGCUCAACGCAGUUGAAACGCUAUAAAUCUGCUCUUUGUCGUGUGCAGGUGUUGCCUUGUUCUGUCUUGUUUUGGUGACUUGUUGAAUGUUGACUGUGCCCUUAUUGUCAACAGAAAAUGAAAGUGGUCCUGUGUCCUCUCUCAUUUAUUGUUGUCAGUGCUGUUCUUGCUGAUUCAAUGGGUGUGGGUGGGUGCGUGAAGUGACUGCCGCCUUGUCAUCCCCCCUUGUAACUCAUGCGCCUUGAAUCAAAACUUUGUCAAGAUCACUUGGAGGAGGUUGAAGAGAAAAAGCUGUCACACCAAGUAUGCUUGACUUUGGUGAAUUCGCUGCUUUUUCAUGGGCAGAGUUGCCAGGUCCCAAAACUCUGAACGCAGUGACAUUUUCAAAAGCAGCAAAAAGCCAGUCAGUCAGUCUAGGCCUCAGAUUACAAACACAGCUUAAGAGCAAAUAAAGUCGCCAAAAGAACGCUCACUCCAAUUUGUUCAAUGCAGGAAUGCCCUACAUGUUUAAGUGAUGGCCAGGUAUUUCAUUUUAACCAUGAAAGAUUGAACUUUGUAAUAUAGUUAAGUGCGUGCUAUUGUUGUAGUGCAAAAUAUUGCAUUGCUGCAAUUACAGAUAUUGAUUUCAAAAAUAGCUAAACAGUAGAGGAGCCAAAAUUUUCAUAAUUAACAAGCCCCAAAGCUACCCAUUUUGGCACAAGGUGGCCAACCUGACAACUCUGUUCAUAAGUACCAUGUAGUUUUACAUUGUGGCAGCCGUCACAUCACGCUAGCACUCAAGUUGUGCGAUAGGUCAUAAGUGUAGACGUGUUGCUAUAUUGCCUUUUCUUUGGAUCCAGUGCUUGCUUUGUUUGUGCUUUCUAGUGUAAGUCUUUUACUUACUUCAGUUGCAGUAAAAAGGACAGUGUCUGACCUCCUGCACGUGUGGUGAACCAGUGUGCAUAGUAGUGCAUGCGCUGCCUCUAUUAGCUCUUUGGUGAAUAUCGCCUGCAGUCUCAUCGUCGUUGCUCACUCACUUGUACAUAGAACAUUGUGCAAAGCAAAAGAAAAGAAUUAUGUGAAGAUACUACGAUGAAAGAUAAGUGAUGGCUGAUGGUGUCAUGGCUUGCCAGAAAUGCCAGCAACAACACGGGGCGAAGCAUUUCAGCUAUUGAGGGUUGCCAAUGGACGAACACAGAACACGGCGAAAUGACGGUAACCUUGCAUUAAUUUCCUUAUUCCUUUCACCAGCCUUUUUUUUACACCAUGUUAUUUAUGAGCUGUUAGAGCCAAAGAAUUUAUAAGAUGCAAACCUAUUAAUUAAUAUUAUUAUUAUUAUUGACUCCAUUGUUGGUGAGCAUUACUGUACAUAAUGAGCCAGCCUGUGGGACCGGGCAAUAAACGGUUAUGAUUUCUCAAAAAAUGA